AUGGCUCCGACGACCAUCGUCUCCGUGCACAACCCCGAAUGCUACGUCAAAGUCUACACGCCCCUCCAACACCACGGCUACAAUACCGUCCGCGUGCAUCUAGCCUCCAUCGACCCUUCCCACCCCAUCCACGACUGGUCCGAAGACAUCUCCCGGAUCCGAUCAGCCAUCGAAGAAGCCGCCAACUCUGGCCACAACGUCCUCGUCGUAGGCCACUCCUACGGCGGCCUCCCCAGCAGCGAAGCAAUCGCCGUUCUAGACCUCGCCUCUCAAACAUCCGCAAACCUGCCCGGCGGCGUUACGCACUUGUUCUACUGCUGCUCCUUCGUCCUGUCCGAAGGGCAAUCUCUCGACUCGGCCUUCGCUAGCGCUGUGAUACCCUGGUAUGACGUUUCCGCGGAUAAGAUGUUGUACAAGUGCAAGACUCCCAUCGAGAUGUUCUACAACGACUUGCCCGAGGAGGAGGCGAAAGCUGCAGUGGCGAUGUUAAGGCCGCAUGCGUUUCAGAUAACGUUUUCGAAGGUGACGUAUGCGGCGUGGAAGCAUGUGCCGAGUACGUGUCUUUACUGUACGGCGGAUCAGGCGAUUCCGUAUGAGGUGCAGAAAAUGAUGGUGGAGGAGGGAGCGAAGGGGUUUGGGAUCAGGACGGAGACGGCGGAGGUGAGCCAUAGUCCGUUUUAUUCGAAGCCUGAGGUUAUGGUGGAUGUGAUACGGAGGGCGGCUGGGGAGGAUGUUUAG